GAGGAGUAGCGCCGUCAAGCAGGAGGACCUAGAGAGGGACCACGGGGACAUGUGGCAGGCGGUGGACUCCAUCUUUAGCGGACAGAAGGCCGAGAGCCCAGAGGUCAUCAUGCGGGCGCGGUUCACCGCGCUCAAGUUCAAGGACCCGAAUUUCCUCGCGGCCACCGAGCUCGACGAAGACAAGAGAGAGCUCAAGGAGCGUGCCGACCAGUGGGCGGUCACCCUCGGGCUGAAGGACAAGAGCCCCUUCGACUUCAUCGUCCGGCUGGGCGUGACGACCGACUCGCUGGCCCAGGCGCAGUCUUUCGAGGUGGUGUCCACGAGCGGUAAUUGGGUCGAGUUCAAGAUCAGGUGCGCGGACGGCAAGACCCUGCACGAGAAGAGCCUGUUCAAGGAGGACAAGAAGUGGGGCUACGUCUAUUCCGGCGAGUCCGAGUUCGGCAGCUGGGAGUAGGCUGCCUCGUAUUUCGGGGGAGGGGAAGCGGCACACCACCACCGAGCUUCCGCAGAGCCGUGUGGGGCGUGAUCCCGGUAUGCAGCUGGCGCGAGGUUUGAGGGGCAGCCCCAGCUUGAGAGGGGUACCCUCACGCUCUUCGUGAUUGGACUCUCCGCCUCGUGGCAGCGCUCUGAGUCCAUCCAUGGGGCCUUGGACCUCCCGCGGCAGGGGGGUCAUGCCCUUGACCCGCGUUGGUGUGGCCAUGUUUCCACUGCGCGUCGGCCCCCACCCAGGCCAGGAGGCCAGACACACUAGGAUCUGGCCAGAUAUGGGCCUGCGAAGGCGCCAGGCCACGAGGAUUUUGAGCCCGG